CAGCACCUGUUAGUUCUCGGCCUGGUUGGGCUCUUGUUGGCGCCCGCAGUGCUUACGGCACUCAGUGUGAACGGCAGCGUGGAACUGGAAGCGCUCGGGCGCAGCGCCGCACUGAAUGUGAGCACCCAAGUCGGCCCAGCCCCUCGCCUGGUAGGGAUCGUCAGGAAAGGUGUGCAGCGCUUCAGGGCUUUGAGGGGCGCCAUGGGUAGGCUGCUCAAAACGGGCGGCAGGGAGUUCUUCCGCGUCCUCAGCAGCGUUUUGCCCGGCACCGCCGGCCUGAAUGUGGUCGUCUCAAGGGCAGGGCCGGUGGGAAUAGAUAAUGUGAACAAGGCGUUCGAUGAAUUUUGUUCAUCUCUCAACCAGAUGGUGAAGACAAAAGUAAUAACAGUUGAAAACGCUGAAGCUUUACGCAACCAAACUGCAAGAGAACUGAUGAAGGUUCUCCAGGAAAAGACAGAUGUUAACCAACUAAAAGGUUCAUGUGACUGUGUAAAUGGAACACUGUGACUUCAGAUAAAAUUAAUGUCAUGUAAUGUCAUACCAUGCACUACUUCAGCAAACAAAAAAGACAAAAUAUAAAAUGUAAAGAAGUUAGCACAUCCUUGCAAGUUAGAAAAAAAUAGCAUUAUAGACUGAGAGUGUCAGUCGUUUUCUACAUUUCUCAAAUGUUGCU